UGUUUUUAUUGUCCUUUUUUGUUGUUGUUGUUGUUGCACAAAGGAAGUAAAUGAUUUAAAUGAGCUCGCCUGGCUGAUCAGUGAGCGCAGCAACGGGAUGAAUUCAAAGAAAGGAUAGAGCUCCUUUACUUCUCUUUUAACACAUGCUGCCGCUCAGUUGGACUGAACUACUGGAACAGAGCAUGUGGUGACAUUUGGAGCUGUUUGGAACAGUUUCUUUUUCAUCUUUUUUCUUUUUUAACCCUUCUUCUCAUAUCAAGAAGCCAAAGCAAGCUGGUCUUGAGCUGCUCUUGGACUGUUUUUGCCUUUUUUUGUGACUCACAAACCAAAAUCUCUGUUGUUGUUUUUUUAUUUCUAAACUCUGGAUUCUGAGAUUUUGUUUUUUUUUGACAUGAAGGAGCGGAUGCCUAAAUUGCUUUUUGAAUAAUUUGGAUUACUCAAGAACAUUUCUCAUAAGAGAGACGUUGAAUGAUGUCUCCAACUUCAAUUGGAUUUGUAUUUCUGUUAGGAAUUCUCCAUGUGUGCUCAGGAUCCCGUCUGCGUCAAGAGGACACCCCACCCCGAAUUGUGGAGCACCCAUCUGACCUGAUUGUUUCCAAAGGGGAACCCGCUACUCUCAACUGUAAAGCGGAGGGGCGGCCAACCCCGACAGUGGAGUGGUACAAGGAUGGAGAGCGGGUGGAAACCGACCGGGACAAUCCCCGCUCGCAGCGCAUGUUGCUGCCCAGCGGCUCGCUCUUCUUCCUGCGCAUCGUCCACGGACGACGCAGCAAACCGGACGAAGGUUCUUACGUCUGCGUUGCUCGCAACUACCUGGGAGAGGCAGUGAGCCACAACGCCUCGCUGGAAGUAGCCAUUCUACGCGACGACUUCAGACAAAACCCUGCAGAUGUGAUUGUGGCAGCAGGAGAGCCGGCCGUCCUGGAGUGUCAGCCUCCGCGUGGACAUCCUGAACCCACCAUAUCAUGGAAAAAAGAUGGAACCAACAUCGACGACAGAGACGAAAGGAUCACUAUACGUGGAGGGAAGCUAAUGAUCACAAAUGCCCGGAAGACCGAUGCUGGGAAGUACGUGUGCGUCGGCACAAACAUGGUUGGAGAACGUGAAAGCGAAAUAGCAGAGCUGACAGUGCUCGAGCGUCCCAGCUUCGUGCGUCGCCCAGGUAGCCAGGUGGUGUUAGUGGACCAAAGUGUGGAGUUCAGGUGCGAGGCCCGUGGCGACCCAGUUCCCACUGUGCGCUGGAGGAAAGACGACGGUGACCUGCCCAAAGGAAGGUAUGAGAUCCGCGAGGACCACACCCUGAAGAUCCGCCGCCUGGCCUCGGCCGACGUGGGCUCCUAUACCUGCGUGGCGGAGAACAUGGUGGGCAAGGCGGAGGCGUCGGCCACGCUCACCGUCCACGUCGUGUCUGUGCCCCCAGCAUUUGUGGUAAGACCAAGGAACCAGGUGGUUGGAGUUGGCAGAACCGUCACACUCCAGUGUGAAGCUACUGGGAACCCACAACCAGCCAUUUUCUGGCAACGGGAAGGCAGUCAGAACCUGCUGUUCUCCUACCAACCUCCUCAACCCUCCAGCCGACUGUCUGUGUCUCAGACUGGCGACCUGACCAUCACUGAUGCCGAACGCUCAGACAUGGGAUACUACAGCUGCCAGGCCCUCAACAUAGCCGGCAGCGUGAUCACCAAGGCUCUGCUCGAGGUCACCGAUGUCGUGUCAGACCGCCCGCCGCCAGUUAUCCGACAGGGCCCGACCAACCAGACGGUGGCUGUGGACGGUACGGUCGUCCUCAACUGUGUGACAUCUGGUAACCCCACUCCCACCAUCCUGUGGAGGAAGGAUGGUGUCUUAGUGUCCACGCAUGACUCCAGGGUCAAACAGCUGGACACGGGUGCACUGCAGAUACGCUAUGCAAAGCUUGGUGACACUGGCACCUACACCUGCAUCGCCUCCACACCCAGUGGAGAGGCUUCAUGGAAAGCCUAUUUGGAGGUCCAAGAAUUUGGAGCCCCAGUCCAGCCAAACCGACCAACGGACCCAAACCUGAUCCCCAGUGCCCCUUCCAAACCUGAGGUCACAGAUGUUACCCGUACCUCCAUCACCCUCUCCUGGAAACCUAAUCUUAAUGCUGGAGCCACACCCACCUCCUAUAUAAUAGAGGCCUUCAGUCACGCAUCAGGGAGCAGCUGGCAGACCUUGGCAGAGCAUGUGAAAACUGAGUCAUUUGUACUGAAGGGCUUGAAGCCCAGCGCCGUCUACCUCUUCUUAGUACGGGCAGCCAAUGCCUAUGGGCUGAGUGAUCCCAGUCCUAUCACUGAUGCUGUGAAAACACAAGAUAUCCCACCGACUAGUCAGGGUGUCGACCAUCGACAAAUCCAACGGGAGUUGGGAGAAGUGGUUAUCCACCUGCACAACCCCACCAUUCUCUCCUCCUCGUCUGUCAGGGUGCAAUGGACAGUGGAGCAGCAGUCACAGUACAUCCAGGGCUACAAGGUGAUGUACAGGCCUUCACCGGAGGGGCUGCAGAGGAGCGAAUGGGCCGUGUUUGAGGUUCGAACCCCAGGGGAGGACAGCGCCGUCGUGCCGCAGCUCCGGAAGGGUGUCACAUACGAAUUCAAAGUCCGCCCCUUCUUCAAUGAAUUCCAGGGAACCGACAGUGAUGUCAAAAUUGGCAAGACGCUGGAGGAAGCCCCCAGCGCCCCUCCCCGUAAGGUUACAGUGACCGAGAGUGGGGACAAUGGGACUGCCAUUGUGGUCUCCUGGCAACCUCCUCCAGAAGAGGAGCAGAAUGGGGUGGUCCAGGAGUACAAGAUUUGGUGCUUGGGGAACGAGAGCAGGUACCACAUCAACCGUACGGUCGAUGGCUCCACCUUAUCCGUGUUGAUUCCCAGUCUGGCCCCAGGGAUCCGCUACAGUGUGGAGGUAGCAGCCAGCACCGGGGCGGGUCCCGGGGUCAAGAGCGAUAUCACCUUCUUCCAGCUUGAUGCAUCCGGGCGGAUGACAGAGACUGUGAGCCAGGAGAACCCGCUGUCCCAGCAGAUCUCAGAUGUAGUCAAACAGCCGGCCUUCAUAGCAGGCAUAGGAGCCGCCUGUUGGAUUAUCCUCAUGGUCUUCAGUAUCUGGUUGUACAGGCACCGCAAGAAAAGGAAUGGCCUGUCCAGCAGCUAUGCAGGCAUACGCAAAGUGCCAUCCUUUACUUUUACACCAACAGUGGCAUAUCAGAGAGGUGGAGAAGGUGUCAGCAGUGCCGGAAGGCCUGGUUUACUGAACAUUGGGGAAUCUGCCACUCAACCCUGGCUGGCUGACACGUGGCCCAACUCCUGCUCCAACCACAACGACUGCAGCAUCAACUGCUGCACUGCAGGCAACGGCAACAGCGACAGCAACUUGGCAACGUACAGCCGACCAGCCGACUGUAUCGCCAAUUAUAACAACCAGAUGGAAAACAAGCAGACCAACCUCAUGGUGCCAGAGUCAGGAGUCUAUGGGGACGUAGACCUGUCCAACAAGAUCAAUGAGAUGAAGACCUUCAACAGCCCAAACCUAAAAGAUGGCCGCUUUGUAGGUCCGGGGGGCCAGCCGACACCUUACGCCACCACCCAGCUCAUCCAGUCCUCCAUCCUGGGCAACAACAUAAACUCGGACAGAGGCACCGGAGGGAGCGGAGGCGGACUUGGGGGUGGAGGGGAGGUGAAUGAGAAACACUGCUGGAAGCCCACCUCGGUCCAGCAGCAGAAACAGGAAAUGGGCUCCCAGCUACAGUACAACAUCAUGGAGCAAAACAAGCUGAACAAGGACCGCUACAGAGGAGGUGACAGCCCAAUGCCAGCCACCAUCCCCUACAACCAGAGCCACGACAGCCACACCGGGGGCUCCUACAACAGCUCUGACCGAGGCAGCAGUAGCACCUCUGGGAGUCAGGGUCAAAAGAAGGGAGUGCGCACCCCCAAACUACCCAAACAAAGCACAAUGAAUUGGGCUGACCUUCUGCCCCCUCCUCCUGCAAACCCACCCCCAAGUCGGAGCACAGAGGAGUACUCUCUAUCGAUGGAAGAAAGCUGUGAUCCAGACAUGCAGUGCCCCAUGCCCCCCUCUCACAUGUACCUGCAGCCUGAUGAGCUGGAGGAGGAGGAGGAGAUGGAGAGGGGGCCCACUCCUCCCAUCCGUGGGGCGGCUUCUUCCCCUGCUGCUGUAUCUUACAGUCACCAGUCCACAGCCACGCUCACCCCUUCACCCCAGGAGGAGAUGCAGCCGAUGCUCCAGGAUGCACCAGACAGCCACGAACGCAGACGCCAUGCUGUGAGCCCACCCCCUCCUCCACGGCCCCUCUCUCCUUCACACACAUAUGGGUACAUCAGCAGCCCGCUGGCCUUGGACACUGACGGUUUGGAGGAGGAGGAUAUAUUGGAGGAAGAGGAGGAGGACGGCGACGAGACAGACGCAGAGGUGGCCAAGAUGCACUACCACCACACCCACCCCCACACACACCCUCACCAUCCCCAGAUGCAUCCGCGAAGGUUGCUGCUACGAGGGCUCGAACAGACGCCUGCAUCCAGCAUGGGCGACCUAGAGAGCUCAGUGACCGGCUCUAUGAUCAAUGGAUGGGGGUCAGCUUCUGAAGAGGAUAAUGUCUCUUCAGGGAGGUCCAGCGCAGUCAGCUCAUCAGAUGGAUCCUUCUUCACAGACGCCGACUUUGCUCAAGCAGUUGCUGCAGCUGCAGAGUAUUCAGGCCUCAGGGUAGCCAAGUACCCCAAUUCACAGGGCCAAGACGUCGGAGGAGCUUCAGCACGAAAAUACCAAAUAAACCCGUCAGGCCACCGUCCUGGCAGCCCGGUGUCUACAGACAGUAAUAUGAGUAUGGCAGCUGUACACAGGAGGCCUCCUAAAAAGCAGAAACAGCAUCCUGCAGGUCAUCCUGGGAGUCAGCGACGUGAAGCCUUCAAUGAAGGUCAAACGUGCUUCCGAUAG